UUACUCACUAUUCAAUGUGGUUGUUAGUGAGUUGGGCUCACUGUUGCUCUUUAGUAAAGUCCAGCCUAGCAGAUAGUGAUAAUUUACAUGAUUGGCUGAAGAAACUUACUCUUCUAAUUCCAGAGACUGCAGUUCGCCAUGAAUCUUGUAAUGGUCUCUAUAAAUUAUCGCUGUCGGGGUUGGAUGGAGGAGAUUCCAUAAAUAGGUCUUUCCUGCUGCUAGCUGCCUCAACACUGCUUAAAUUUCUUCCUGAUGCGCAGGCACUGAAACCUAUUAAGAUUGAGGAUUAUGAAGAAGAACCCAUUUUACAGCCUGGCUGUAAAGAAUAUUUCUGGUUGCUAUGCAAACUAAUAGAUAAUAUACAUGUAAAAGAUGCUAGUCAGACAACUUUACUUGAUUUAGAUGCCUUAGCAAGACAUUUGGCUGAUUGUAUUCGAAGCAGAGAAAUUCUUGAUCAUCAAGAUGGUAAUACUGAAGAUGAUGGCCUUACAGGUCUCCUACGUUUAGCAACAAGUGUUAUCAAACAUAAACCACCUUUUAAAUUUUCCCGAGAGGGGCAGGAAUUCUUGAGAGAUAUUUUUAACCUUCUGUUCUUAUUGCCAAGUCUAAAAGAUCGACAACAGCCAAAAUGCAAGUCACAUUCUUCAAGGGCUGCUGCUUAUGAUUUAUUGGUAGAAAUGGUAAAAGGUUCUGUAGAAAACUACAGGCUCCUCCAUAACUGGGUUAUGGCACAACAUAUGCAGUCUUCUCAUGCACCUUAUAAAUGGGAUUAUUGGCCACAUGAUGAUGUUAGAGCUGAAUGCAGGUUUGUGGGAUUAACCAACCUUGGAGCGACUUGUUACUUGGCAUCAACCAUUCAACAAUUAUAUAUGAUUCCAGAAGCCAGACAAGCCAUUUUUACUGCAAAGUAUUCUGAGGACAUGAAACACAAGACUACUCUUUUAGAACUUCAGAAAAUGUUCACACAUUUAAUGGAAAGUGAAUGCAAGGCAUAUAAUCCAAGGCCAUUCUGCAAAACCUACACCAUGGAUAAACAGCCACUAAAUACUGGUGAACAAAAGGACAUGACAGAAUUUUUUACAGAUCUUAUAACAAAAAUUGAGGAAAUGUCUCCAGAAUUGAAGAAUACUGUGAAAAGCUUGUUUGGAGGUAUUAUCACAAACAAUGUUGUUUCUCUGGACUGUGAACAUGUUAGCCAAACUGCUGAAGAAUUUUAUACAGUAAGAUGUCAAGUAGCAGAUAUGAAGAAUAUUUAUGAAUCUCUUGAUGAAGUUACUAUUAAAGAUACCCUAGAAGGUGAUAACAUGUAUACUUGUUCACACUGCGGGAAGAAAGUACGGGCCGAAAAAAGGGCAUGUUUUAAGAAACUACCUCGAAUCUUAAGCUUUAAUACAAUGAGAUAUACUUUUAACAUGGUUACUAUGAUGAAGGAAAAGGUCAAUACACACUUCUCAUUUCCUUUACGUUUGGAUAUGACCCCUUAUACUGAAGAUUUUCUCAUGGGAAAAAAUGACAGAAAAGAAG